GAUGUGUCAACGGCGUCUCGAUCUCCUUCGCGUUCGCGGCGUGAUCGCUGCGCGAUAAUUGAGGUAAAUGCGAAGGCGUAUCGCGCGGAUCAAGUGACGGCGAAGACGGUCCGCCAGGUGCGUCGGUUUAUCGAUAACAGGUGUCCCGCGUCGGAAACUAAUGCCCUCCCGGACGCCGGUGCCACACGAUAAAGGUUACGUCCGCGAGCGGGACAGAUGAAUCGAUUGCGGUAGUGUGAGAGGAUAGGAUAGGAUAAGGAUCAUGUCGAGAAAGUGGCUGUCGAAUUUCGCCCUGGCCGGCACCAUCAGGCUGCUGAUAAUGAACUCCGAUUAUCAGAAGAUCAUCGGCAACCGCGUCGAGGUGUCGACCGCCUUGAACUCCUGGAAGAGAGUAACCGAAGGAGUUUACCUGCAUAAGAUCGGCGUAGACCCAUACGAGGGAGAUCUGUUUCACGAGACCCCGAUCGGCUUGUACGCGUUCGACUUGAUGCAGGAAUACUUACCUCAGUGGGCAUUAUUUCUGCUGUUUGUUGUUGUCGACCUAACCACUGCUCUGUGCCUCGCUCUUGCAGCCAAACAUUAUGCAAUUGAGUUGGCAACGAAGAGAAAAGGGGAGAAGGACGAGACUAAGAAGCCUAGUAAAGACGUUUCCAGCACGUCCGCGUUAUACGUUUCCACAGCGUAUCUGUUCAACCCGUACAUAAUAUUGAACUGCGUUGGCCUGACGACCACGGUAUUCACCAAUCUACUCUACUCAAUCGCAUUGGUGUCGAUGACGAGACGCUCCGUGCUCUGGAGUUGCGCGUCGAUAGCGUUAUUGACGUUGCAAGGACUUUAUCCCGUGUCGCUCAUGGUACCGGCAACCAUUUACGUUGUCAGUACGGCGAAGAACCGAAAGACCAGCAUUGCUACGAUGCUGGUCACAUUUACGAGCAUCCUGGCAGCCCUAUUCGCCAUUUCUUACUGCAUCAUGGGGAGCUGGUCGUUUUUGUGGAGUACCAUCGGCUUCAUCCUAACUGUUCCCGACUUACGUCCGAAUAUCGGACUGUACUGGUACUUCUUCACGGAGAUGUUCGAGCACUUCAGAUGGCUUUUCAUCGCGUCCUUUCAGAUAAACGUCAGUUUACUGUACAUAGUCCCCCUAGCGCUGCGAUUACGACGCGAUCCGAUGCUAUUGGCGUUCUCCUACCUAGCGAUAGCUGCCAUAUUCAAGUCCUAUCCGUGCAUCGGAGACGUCGGCUUCUAUAUAUCUCUACUGCCGCUGUGGAAGCACUUGUUCCAACACAUGCAACAAGGAUUCAUCGUAGGUUGUUUUGUACUGUUUUGCACGGUCUUCGCUCCGACUGUGUGGCAUCAAUGGAUCUACUCCAGAUCGGCGAACGCAAAUUUCUACUUUGGGGUAACACUGGCGUUCGCCAUAGCGCAAAUCUUCCUCCUCACGGACAUCCUGUUUGCCAGUGUGAAACACGAGUUUGCAGUUCAGCAUGGUAUCAAUAAGAAAGUUAACGGAAAUGAGGCUAAACUGCUGCUCGAAUAAAAUAAGCUUUUUUUAGAUCGAAAUGCAUAAUACCCUGCCGAUGAACAGUGACAAGUGAUACAUGUCUUUGAAUCAUUUGUUAUAAAUAAAA